UAAUAUUAUUUAUUAAAGUUUUUUAAUGUUUAAUGACAUUUGCCCAGGGUUUACACUGAUCUAUUAGCCUUAUCAGCAAAUGCGUUAUGAAUAAUACCAUUUUAUAAGUCCUCUUUGAUUCAAAAUAAGUACUGGUCUUUUUUGUACUUGUCUCGUUGACUUUUUGUCAUCAUCCCAUGUAGAUGUUUGCAGGUUGAGGAGUAAAUGGCCAAGAAAAGAGCAUGUCAGAAAGAAGAGCCAGACUUCGUCCUGAGGCUGAGGCUACUCAGUUUGUUUUAUCUGGAGGUGACAAGCCUUGUUUAAAGGUCCAGUGGAUCAAUGACUAUAAAGGACGUGGUGUAUUUGCCUGUGCACCAAUUGAAAAGGGAUCCUUUGUGGUCGAGUACCGUGGGGAGUUGAUCUCACCAUGUGAACGGGACAAGCGGCAGAAAAAGUACACAGAGAAGCAAAAUGCUUUCCUGUUUGAUUUUAAAUGGAACAAUAGCUCAUGGUGCAUUGAUGCUUCCCGUGAAGACGACUCACUGGGUCGGCUGGUUAAUGAUGGCCACAAGUCCUCAAACUGCAAAGUGAAAAAAAUGACAGUCCAGGGUAAACCUCAUCUUUGCUUGUUUGCUAUUGAAGAAAUCCAAGCAGAGAGUGAAAUAACCUAUGACUAUGGAAAAUCUCAGUGGCCAUGGCGAGCUCUGACACCAAGUGUUCAGAUCCUGACUCAAUCUUCUGUAGACGAAGAAGUGAGCGAGAGAUCCACUUCAUCCUUCCAACAGACACCAAGUGUUCAGAUCCUGACUCAAUCUUCUGUAGACGAAGAAGUGAGCGAGAGAUCCACUUCAUCCUUCCAACAGGUCAGCCAGACCACUGGAGGUGUCCCCUUCCAACAGACAGCUACUGCAAAGCAAAUGUCUACUGAUGAAUCUUCAGAUUGUACAGAUUAUGAAGAUAUUGACUAUGUUCCAGACUCAAGUGGCAAUUCCUCAGACGAAAGUCUUUGUAGUAACGAACUGGAAAUCACAGACUCUCAUGCUCCCAAAAAACUGUUACAGGACAUGCUAGUGGGGAUAGCUACAGCACACAGUGGGGAGAUCACUGGUUCAGAUAAACCUACAAGUUUUAGUUCGCCACUGAGGAGCAGCAGUCAUAGCACUUCAGUGAUGAGUUGCAGUGCCAAUUCAUCAGGGAAUACAUCACACAAUCACAGCUCCAUAAAAGUCGCUCCAUUGCCAAACCCAGCAAAACAAAGCAAGUACAACAAGAAGCAAUAUUGUCUUUAUUGUAAAAAGGCCAUUUCUAAAUUGGCAAGACACCUUGAAUCCGCCCACGGGAAUCAGCCUGAUGUUGCAAGGGCUUUCGGUUUUAAUAAAAGGUCCCGCCAAAGAAGAGAUUUGUUACGCUCUAUCAAGAAGAGGGGAAACUUUAACCAUAAUGCUACCGCGGCAACCUCUGGUGCUGGAGAAAUGGUUGCUUGUCGAAGACCCACUACAGCAAGAGAGUCUGAUGGUUAUCGUCAUUGCAAGUUUUGUCAAGGACUAUAUGCAAGAGAUUGCCUUUGGAGACAUGUGAGAAACUGCCCUCAGAAGCCCAUUGAGGGAGAGCCUCCCGCUGGGCGAAAACGGAUCCAACUGGAAUUACCAAAACCUAAUCAAAUUCAUGAAGCUGUUUGGAAGAUUGCCUGUGAAAUGAACCAGGAUGACAUUUCCUUGGUAGUAAGGAGUGAAAGACACAUUCUAAGCCUUGGUGAGUCACUGUACAAUGCCAGGAAACCACAUGAGAGAAGGAAUGAUUACAUACGGCAAAAAAUGAGAGAGAUGGCAAGAUUAUUGAUAACGGCAAGAGCUAUGACACCUUUGAAGAGCACAGAAGACCUUGUUAUGCCGAGUAACUUUCCCCAGGUCAUACAAGCAGUCAGAGCUGUUGCUGGUUAUGAGUUGGAAAGCAACUCAUAUAAAACCCCAUCCUUGGCUUUGAAAUUGGGGCACAGUUUGGCCAAAGUUGCAGGCAUUGUGCAGUGCGAUGCCAUCAUUGCAAAUCGCCAUGAUGUUGCAGAGUUAGCCAAGCAAUUUGCCACUCUGUAUGAGAAAAAGUGGACAGAGUCCAUUUCAGCCGCUGCAUUGGGUACACUUAAACAAGCCAAAUGGAAUAAACCACAGGUUUUACCAUUUACACAGGAUGUGUCGCUGCUGCACAAGUUUCUUGCUACCGAAUCUGCUAAGUGCAUGAAGGACCUGAAGGAAAACCGCAACAGCAUAACCUUCGGAAAUCUUGCUAAAGUGACUUUAACGCAGGUAGUACUAUUUAACAGAAAAAGGCAAGGGGAAGUUUCAAAAAUGGAGCUCCAGGUUUUCACAUCCCGGAAUCGCACAGAGUUGAAUCCUGACAUUAUGAUCGGCCUUACUGAGUUUGAAAGGAAGCUUGCAAGGCACUUUGACAGAGUUGAGAUUCGUGGUAAAGGGUCAAGAAUGGUACCUGUGCUUCUCACACCUGACAUGAUCGCUGCAAUGGACCUCCUCAUGACAAACAGGAAUGACUGUCAAGUCUGCACAGAGAAUGUGUACUUGUUUGCACGCCCAGGUGUCCUUUCCCAUUACAGAGGCUCUGACUGCUUUCGCAAGUAUGCUAAACAAUGUGGUGCAAAGUACCCAGAGGCCCUCACCUCAACAAGAUUGCGGAAACAAGUCGCCACUUUGUCCACAGUACUAAACCUUAAAGAAAAUGAAAUGGAUCAACUUGCCACCUUCCUCGGACACAACAUCCGUGUCCACAGAGAAUUCUACCGGCUUCCAGAGAGUACCCUGCAGCUUGCAAAAGUCAGCAAACUGUUGAUGGCAAUGGAAAAAGGAAAACUGUCUGAUCUGCAAGGGAAAGGGCUGGAUGACAUUGAGAUCAAUCCUGACGAUGAAGUAACCACGAGUGAUGAUGAUUCCAGCGAAGAAACCAUUGCUGACCCACAUCAACACAAAGGUAUCCUGACUCGCACAGUAUGUGGUAACAUCUUUAAGUUAUGA